AUGGCGGCGAACUUACUCGAUCGCGAGCGAAUACCGAUAACUCGUGCCUGCACUGCAGUUUGCGUUUCUUUCUCCCAGGAAAUUUCAGCUCUUUCUAAAUUGCGACAGCAGAGAGAGGUUCUGGACACGCUUAUCAAAUUCAUUUUAUCACCCGAUCCAGUUGGUGGCUUGACGCUUCAGCAAAUUAAUCCUCGCUUGUCAUCAAGUCCUCCUUUGUGUUCUCUUUGGGAGAAAACAUGCCAGGGUUCGUUAUUAUUCACCACAGCUGGUCAACUUGUCAAUGGAUUUGAGGACACCUACAAGGAACAGAUAACGCAAAGUUACAACAGAGUGGUCGAUACAGUUUUUCCAGUGAUUGUGACGCGGGUUAUUCAUCAGGAUCCAAAUUUAACUGACGUUCAGUCAGAAGAGGAAGACAUUGUGACUGUGUUCCAGUUUGAACAUUACUUCAUGGAUUGUUGCAGGCGCAACUUGUCCAAGUAUAUCGACGAAGUCGCUUAUGAACUCGUGAUCAGUAAGCGUCUUCGUUCAACUGAGAAGGAUGCUGUUGUAGGGCAGCUGAAACAGUACACGGAGAUUCCUUUGUCAAAGACCUGUUUUUGUCCAGUGUUGUGCCUUCUACUCGAUAGCGAUUCCAUUGUGGCGCAGGCAGCAGAGGCGUAUUUGCUACAUUUGAAAAAGAACAUUGAAUUAAGAAACAAGGCCAUUGGUUUGAGUAUUGAAUCCCUUGAGGAGUCCGAGGAGAGACUACGUGAGGGAGCAUGCGUAGCUCUGACAGUUCUUCAGGCAAAAGACUCGGUACCCCAACUGUUGUACCUUAGCAGAUGCGAUGUACAGUCAGUCAAGUUUGCAGCACGAAAGGCACUGUCAUCUCUAGGAGAGGAAGGCGAAGAUGCGUUGAGAAAAUCUACGAUGUCGUCAAGUGAAAUAGCUGGCCUAAUGUUUUAAGCCUUUUGCCUUGGCUUCUUUACGUCCUGCCAUCUGCUAGUGGUGCUGAGAAAGAAAUAACGGGCGCUUUGCGUGGAAUGCGUCCAGGAAUUUUAAUUGGCACACGAAGCAAAAACAAAAAACUAUUCAGUAAAGAUGUAUCAAUAAUUGCUUAAUAUUGACAGGCUGUUAUAUCGCAGGAUCAGGCGUGGAGAGUUGUGUAACCGUGGUUACAGUGCAAACCGUGCAUGACCACUCACCAGCUGAUUUUGAAUGGCACCUGUCAAUUAAUAUGAACCUUUUGGCUGGCAUUAGAACUAUGAAUAGGCAUAUGUUCUUCCUACAAUCUGUAGAGUGCUACAGUCUACGUAAGAUUUCUCCGUGGAGAAUCACUAGAUGUAACUCCGUCUCGAGCAACAUGUCAGGGCAGAGGCGUAGCAUGUGUCGAAUGUCUCGAACCCCUCUCCCCACCCACCCCUUCCCCGUCUCUCCCCCGGUCGGUCUUCCACAACAGAAAUGUAACUUUUGGUCUGGAUGAUCAAAUGUGAAAAAUGAAAUUCUUUUCAGUAUAAAUUUACCGUUGUCUGUUCCUAAUCCGUGAAUUUGUUUUGCUUUAUUACCAGCAGAUACUACCAGUUGUAGACGUGAUUUACGUCUUGUACACGUGAUUUUUCUAUGCACAUCUGCAUAUCGCGCGUUGUGUUUGAAUUGCCUGAUGUAACGCAGUAAAACAGUUCUUUUCUACGUGCCACUUGACAGUUUUUUUUUAUGCAAUGAGACCACGGUUAAUUUAUACUAAAACAUUUAGACCACCCCCGUUUUCUACGAGCUGAUGGUAAUCUCGGCUGCGCCUUGUUGACUAUCAGCUCGUAGUCUUAUUGUUAAAUAGUUACGAAGCUUAACAGGAGGCAGAAGAAGGCAUUGGAGAUUUUUGUUUAUAAUUUGAAUGAGAAUAUAUAUGUUAAUAGAGAAGAGUUUAAAAUUACAGUAAAAUUGACAGAAUCUUGAA